AAUGCACAUAAAGGGGUAUCUCUUGAAGAUCUUCAAAAGCUGGCAAGUGGGAGUGUUUGACUUGUCUAAAGUUGACUCUAUUACUAAUUAUUAAAGCAGCUCAAAGAACAAAUAAAUACUCCAAGAUUCAUCUGAUUUUCUUGGGAUCAUUGGAACCAAAACUUUCUCAAUUUCCUCUCCUUCUGUUGAUUGCUUCUGAAGUUCACGGCCAAUCAUCAAUGGCUGUUUGUGGGUUUCUUGUGGUUUCACUUCUUCUGUCUUGCUUGGUGGAGACUUGCCAUGGGGUGGCCUUCUCUUCCCUUCAGAGUACUCUUGUGGUCACAGCUUCACCCACACCAGGACAAGUGCUGAAAGCGGGGAAAGACCAAAUAACAGCAGCAUGGUCAUACAACCAAACCCACCCCUCUGGUACAGACUCCACCUACAAAACCAUGAAGGUCAAGCUUUGCUAUGCACCAAUUAGCCAAGUAGACCGGUCGUGGAGGAAGACGAACGACGAUCUAAACAAGGACAAGACAUGCCAAUUCAACAUCAUUUCCGGUCCAUACAACAGCACCUCUGGCAACAACUCCUCCACCUGGACCAUCGGGAAAGACAUCCCUACCGCGACUUACUUUGUCAGGGCCUAUGCUUAUAAUGCCGAUGGGGUUGAGGCUGCGUAUGGCCAGACCACGAAUCCCCAGAAGACCACCGACUUGUUUGAGGUUACGGGGAUCAGUGGGCGUCAUGUUUCGCUUGAUGUCGCGUCUAUUUGUUUCUCGGCUUUCUCUAUUGUUGCGUUGUUUGGGUUCUUCUACGUUGAGAAGAGGAAGGCGGAGUAGUCUCAGCUUUGUAACUUGUAUUGGUGUCAGUUUGUAAGGCUUCUUAAUAAUACCUAAUUUUGUUGUUUGAUGUAAAAAUGUAAGGCUUGUUUGAAGUUUUAAAGUGCUAUUAAGGAAAA